AUUAUAUUGCUUCCAAAUAUGUUGUGUAUAUAGCUGAAUAUCACGGUAUGAGCUUAUACCUUUUUAUACCAUUUUGAAAUAAAGAUUGACUAAUGUGCCGCCAGCAUAAGGAAAGGUUCCUCAUAUUUGACCACUAUCACCAAAGAGCCUCGAAUUAAUUAGAGUAAUAAAGCUCUAAUCGACACAUUGGCUCAAAUGGCGUUAUUUUCCUUGUAAACCUUUCGGACUGCGGGGACUUUCCGUGGCAAUUGGAGGGUUUUCGCUCGACAACGUCAAACCCUCGUGACUCUCAGCAGCCAUAUUGGGGCACAAUCACAGUCAAAACAGGAGCGGAUGCUGCUAUCGCCCGUUUUAAGCAGGCAUUUGUUUAUAAUAUUUAAACCGAUAUAGUUCAUAUCUGUUCCCCGGUUUCUGAGAGAAACUAGCUAGCUCCCUCACCAUCUCUCCCUGUCAGAUUUACGCAGCGUCCCUGGCGGGCUGUUACACGGAAGUAAAGAGGCGGACGAUUCGGUUGUGUGGAGCUCCCGCAAGACCAGUAUGGCCUCUCGGAAAAAGGUGCUUCUUAAGGUGAUAAUCCUGGGAGAUUCUGGGGUAGGGAAGACCUCGCUUAUGAACCAGUAUGUCAAUAAAAAGUUCAGCAACCAGUAUAAGGCCACAAUUGGCGCUGACUUCCUGACCAAAGAGGUGAUGGUGGAUGACAGGAUGGUCACCAUGCAGAUCUGGGACACGGCUGGGCAAGAACGGUUCCAGUCCCUGGGUGUGGCUUUCUACCGUGGGGCAGACUGCUGUGUGCUGGUGUACGACGUGACCGCUCCCAACACCUUUAAGACCCUGGACAGCUGGAGAGAUGAGUUUCUAAUCCAAGCAAGUCCUCGUGAUCCAGAGAAUUUUCCCUUUGUGGUACUUGGCAACAAGAUUGACUUAGAAAACCGACAGGUGACGACAAAGCGAGCCCAAGCAUGGUGUCAAAGCAAGAGCAGCAUCCCGUACUUUGAGACAAGUGCCAAGGAGGCCAUUAAUGUGGACCAAGCCUUCCAGACAAUCGCCCGUAAUGCCCUCAAACAGGAGUCGGAGGUAGAGACGUACGAUUUCCCAGAUCAGAUCAAACUAAGGGACGACAAACCGGCUUCCCCCGGUGGUGGCUGCAGCUGCUGAGCGAGUGAGGAGUAGAGGAGGAUGAAGAAUGAGAGAGGGAGAGAUGUUGUAAGGGGAGGGGCAGGUUACAGGUGGACAUCCCUGACAUUUUCCCCUUUUUGCCAUGUGUGAGAUUUCCAGGUGAAAAAAACACAGGAUGCAAUCUAUUUUGAACUUAAAUGUUUGGCCAAGAAUUGAAAGGAGGCAAAAACCGAGAAACUCACUUGUACAGCAUUCACCUGCAGAGUAUCAGACUUUUGAGAUUACUACUUUGUUGAUACAAUUCCAGCCACAUUUGUUUUAUCAGUUACAGUUGGUAUUUCUUUGUCUGUACUAUUGUCAAUUGCUUUUUUAUCAACUCAUUUUGUACUGUACCAUUGUUGUUGAGAUGGCCAUACAAAUUAUGGAGUGUCUCUCUCACUCGUCAGUGUGCCUUUCAUCAUUCCAAGUUUUUCUGUUUCAGAGUCAUAUUGUUGUCUUGGCUGGUAGGACUAGGAUUCUCUUUAAAAGCGCUUUGUCACCAAUAGGUUCCCAGGUGUAUACACUACAGUAGUUCAGUUCCUUUUGAUUAAUCUGAUCAAACUUCUGUAGGACUAUCACAUACUGUAAAAAAUGUAAUCUGUGGGGAAAAAUAUUUGGACAGCACUGAUGGUCCUAUAAGACAUUUGAGCUAUUGUCAGAAGUUUAGUGAAGGGGACCAUGAAGACGUGUAUGUACACUGUUAAAGCAGAGUGCUGGCAGUGUGACAACUUCAAUAGAAAUCGAAAGUGAAAGGGGGGGUCAAAGAAGGGUGUCCAGUUAGUGCAACUUAACUCACUCAGAUAACACUUGGAUGACGUACUUAGAAAGUUGCCCCGUAGGCAGACCUGUUCCAAUAAAGGCCAAAGUGUUCCUGGCACUUCCAAUUGGCUAGCCUAAGCAGCCUCUUUUUACACACCACCUCCUUAUCUUUACAGCCAAGUCACAUCUAUGUGCUUUACCUCAGUCAGGAUACAUAAAAGAAAUGGCAUUUUUUCAGGAUUGUUCAAGGUUGGACAUUUGGUCAGAUGCAAGUGUGUUGGUUUGUCCAAUAUUCCAUGCUUUGAUUGGGCACCAAGAAGAUAAGGUAUUACUGUAAGAUGCCAUUGAUUUGACCAGAGCUUAGGACAGAACGAGAGAAACUGAAGUGCCCGCUGCUUUUGGAAAUGCCACACUAGAGUGGAAGACUGACUGUGCCCUGUAGACAUGAACACACACAGCCAGUCCUCCUCCUCCUCUUUAUUUUCCAUUUGUACAUUUACACUAUAUUAGUUAUUGUAAAAAAAAGAAUCAAAAUCAUGAUGAAUUUUAUAAGUCUACAUCAAACAAUGAACAAAAAACUUUAACCACAUUGUAUGCAGUAGUUAGAGACCUUAUCUAUCGGGCUGAACUGCAAUGUUAUCAUCUUAAUAUAAUUUUUGUCAAAGCAAGUUGAAUAAAAGGUGCAUUUAUGA